CCCGGUGAAUGCACCAUCGCGGAAAACAUGACGGGCAUCGCCGCCGCUUCUUUCUUUUCUAAUUCCUGCAGGUUCGGGGGCUGCGGUCUCCAGUUCGAGUCUCUCGCCGAGCUCAUCGUCCACAUCGAGGACAAUCACAUCGACACAGAUCCGAGGGUUCUGGAAAAGCAGGAGCAACAGCAGCCCACUUAUCUGGCCCUAAGCUACAUAAACAGGUUCAUGACAGAUGCGGCACGCCGGGAGCAGGAGACCAUGAAAAAGAAGGCCGCGCCCAAACUGUCCCUGUCCAUCACAGGUGGAGUGUCCAGGAACAGCACGGCCACGCCUCCUCGCCACACCAGCGGUAACCUGACGCCUCCCGUCACGCCCCCCAUCACCCCUUCCUCCUCCUUCCGCAGCAGCACACCUACAGGCAGUGAAUAUGAUGAAGAGGAGGUAGACUACGAGGAGUCGGACAGCGAUGAGUCGUGGACCACAGAAAGCGCCAUCAGCUCUGAGUCCAUCCUCAGCUCCAUGUGCAUGAAUGGGGGAGAGGAGAAGCCGUUCGCCUGCCCCGUCCCCGGCUGUAAGAAGAGAUACAAGAAUGUGAAUGGUAUCAAGUACCACGCCAAGAACGGCCACCGCACGCAGAUCCGUGUGAGGAAGCCCUUCAAGUGUCGCUGUGGCAAGAGCUACAAGACCUCGCAGGGCCUGAGACACCACACCAUCAACUUCCACCCACCUGUCUCCACCGAAAUCCUGCGCAAGAUUCAAGGCUAGAGCCUGUGGUCACACCAAUCAGCUACCCCAAACAUAGCCCUGUUCUAUUCUGACUUUCCUUACCCAAUCUUUUUAUACCCUUCCCACACACUAAAGGAUCAAGUGCAUGCUUUAAGUUGUUUUCUUUUUUUCAUCUUUUACUGGUUUGUGUUACGUUAUUUUUUUUCUAUCCAUGUUAUAUCACUUGUAUUUUUGGAAAAAAUGUAUCUUUGUAGUAUUUUUAUUGUUGUACAUUUGCACAUUCGUAUAUGCUAUCACAUUAUUUUUUCUAUUGUUUGAUUUACAUAAGGUGCUAACUGUAAAAAACAACAGAAAGAAAAGACAAAAAAACAAACGAAAGAAGAGAGAGGAAACGUAAAAGGAGACGUAAAACAGGAAGUGCAACCAAGCCCUGCCCCUUUUCCUGCUCACGUUAGCGUGGGAUGAGGUUGAUUUUAGUGCGGAUCUAAGCUCAGCGGUCCUUACACUCCCUUAGUGUGAGAUGCAGAGAGUUUGCAGAGCUUAGAUCUGUGCCUUCAGAGGAACUUCUGGGGGUUUAAGUGUGAGAGUUAAGUUAUACUUUAAAUAGAUAUAUUGAUAUAUAAACAAUAGACAGAUAUGUACGUGUACAUAAAAAUAUAUAAGAGUUUUCAUGAGCAUAUACAUAAAUAGUUACACUUUAUUUUCAAGCUUUAUUUUAUAUAUUUCUGUCAGUGUUUUAGAUAGCGUUUUUUCCCCUACGUAUCAGUAAGUGUUCCUUUCAUUCCUUAUUUGCUGAAACGGCCAGUUUUGUCACCUCAGAGGGCAAGGUCAAACAGCUGGCUGACUGUAGGUUCAGAGAGUCAGGUUUUCUCUCAUACAUCCUAGAGAUUAGGAGCUAAUACGCCUUUCCGCUUGACACACUCUGUCUGCGAUAUUUUACUGUUGAUCAGGAAGAGAACGUAUUCGAGCAAGGUCCGGGCCAAUAAUCCAUACCUUAAACAUUUCAUCCCCACAGAAAGCCAUCCAUGUAUCUCAUAUAUCCAUUGUUUCGUCAUUCAGAGUGCCAGAGCUGUGUUCCAGAGACUUAGCUGUGAAAGCAGGUUAAGCAUCAUACUGUAUUCCAGUUGCCAAGAUCUUUGUUGUUGUUUUGUUUUCCAUGAUCGUUGCCAACAGCUCUCCACUGCCAAACAUUGACCAUACCAUGUGCCUGAUGAGG